AUGACGACACUUACGUCUUUGGCCGUCCACAUUCCAUUGUUUGUGUUGCUGACUAUGCUGCUUCGGCAAACGGCAUUUUUCCCGGAUACGCCGCUCGCCCAAGAACUUGUGCCUUGGUGGUCCCCUGAUGAAACCUUCGCAGCAGAGUCAGCGGCCACGCGGCAAAUCCUGCUUGACAAAGGCCUCGAUCCGGGCAUGGCUGAUCGGCUGACAAAGUUAGGUGGACCGACUCUCGCAGACCGGGAUCCUACUUUUACAAUGCCGCUUGCUUGUGGCUCACUGAAUAUGGUCAACGUGGAACUAACGUCAUGGACACGUCAGCAACGGCGUGUGCGGGAAUCGGACCUUGGCCUCUCAACAGAGCAAGAAGCAGAUCUAGAAGAAGAACCCCCGCGUGCACGCAUUCUGUCAAAUGCACUUCGCGUUGGUGCAAUCUUGAGUAUUCCUAUCGCGUGCCAGGUGCCGUCGAUUCUUCUCGUCUAUUGGUGCACAUCUUCUGUCAUGACACUGGGAACUAACUUGUACUUUGCGCGUCACAGUGCCAAAUUGUAA